AGAAUGCAAGCCAAAAGCCGCCCAAUCGACAGGGCUCGAAGUCCCGGUUCUUGUGUCCACCCUCUGCAUCAUGAGAAGCCUGCCCGGUCAGCUCCUCUACCUCCCAUUAGCUCCAGCACUGAGGAACGUCUCCGCCCAUUCAACACCUUCCCUCUCGCUUGUGGCCGCUUUUCCGUAAAGGUCUGCUCGACUUUCAUUACGACAACACCGAGGAUGUUUUGCGCCUGAUCCUGGUCCCCCUCCCAGUCAUCAACUUCCCGGCUCUCAUUCCUCCCGUCACCGAUUCUUCGGAUGUGAUACUACAUAUUAGCUGCCCCUCCCCGCGUGGACAGUCACUCCGUCAUGGACUGUUCGCAAGAUUCCAUCCCCCUUCACUCGUUGUUGGCUGUCCUCUAGAGCGGAACCGAUCGCCAUGGCGCAUACUGACGACGAGGGAGACCUCGAGCGCGCCCUCUCGCGGAACGACGUUGAGGAGCAGGAUCUGGAAAAGAGAGACGAGAGAGUACAAUAUCUAGAAGUCCCCAGAGACACGAGAAGAGAAGGGCGAGGCAGGAGCCAAGACAGUGCACGUUUGGAAAAGGUCGAGUCGACCGUGACCGAAGCGACUGAAGCCAGCACUCCUGCCUAUGUACAGACCAAGCCAGAGAAAGUACCAUGGCGUUACAGAAUAAAUCCGCUCCGCCGGCACCCUCCUCCUAUACCGGAAGAGAGGACGGUAUGUCGAGAAUACAACGCGAGCUUCCUCAGUCUCCUCCUGUUCCAAUGGAUGAAUCCUCUCAUGACCACGGGCUACAAGCGGCCCAUCGAGUUGAACGACAUUUGGCUUGUCAACCCUGACAGAAGCGCCACAACCAUGAGGGACAAGCUGUCGGCGUCUUUCAAACGUCGUGUUGCUCGAGGGGAGCGCAACCCUCUGAUGUUCGCUCUUUUCGACACCUUUCGAGGCGAAUUCCUGCUUGGGGCCAUGUGUGCAUUGUUCUCUGCCCUGUUCCAGGUCUUUUCCCCCUUCACCACUCGCUACCUGAUUCAGUUUGCUACAGAUGCCUGGAUCGCAGACAAGACCGGUGGCAAAUCUCCCAGCAUUGGUCACGGCAUAGGCCUGGUCAUUGGUAUCACAUUCAUGCAAAUGUGUCAGUCCAUGGCGACCAAUCAUUUCAUUUACCGUGGCAUGAUGGUUGGAGGAGAGUGCAGAGCGGUGCUGAUUAACGCCAUUUUUGAGAAAUCCUUGGUCAUCUCCGGAAGGGCAAAAGCCGGCGGGAAGGAGAUCAAAGCUGAAGGAGAGUCGGAGACGGUAGUACAGGCAGAAGACGAGAAGCACGAGGCUAGAUCGACUCUUGCCCGCGUCUUGUCCAAGCGACUUACUCCCAAGGGUGGCCCAAAAGUUACCCCUGACAAAGGCGCCGGGAUUGCUGGAGACGGCGUCGGCUGGAACAAUGGCAGGAUUGUCAACUUGAUGAGUGUUGAUACUUAUCGUAUUGAUCAAGCCUCCGGCUUGUUCCAUAUCAUGUGGACGUCGCCCAUUCAGAUCAUCGUCGUUCUGGUCGUGCUCUGUAUCAAUAUUGGAUAUAGUGCUUUGGCCGGCUACGCAUUACUGGUUAUUGUGCUUCCCAUCCUGACCAAGGCUAUCAAGUCUCUCCUAGCAAGGAGGAAAAAGAUCAACAAAGUUACAGAUCAGCGUGUGGGUCUGACACAGGAAAUCCUGGGCUCCGUGCGAUUUGUCAAAUUCUUUGGAUGGGAGACGAGCUUUCUGGACCGGCUGAAGGAACUCCGCAAGAGAGAGAUCAGGGCUGUCCAGGUCUUGCUGUCAAUCCGAAAUGCCAUCAACGCGGUCGCCAUGUCAAUGCCAGUGUUCGCAGCAAUGCUUGCCUUCAUUACAUAUUCACUUUCUGACCACGGUCUUGCUCCCUCGCGGAUCUUUUCGUCCUUGGCCCUCUUCAACUCCCUACGGAUGCCACUCAACUUGCUACCUCUGGUUCUUGGACAAGUUACCGAUGCCCAAACGGCUAUCCAACGUAUCCAAGAAUUUCUACUAUCCGAGGAACAGCAAGACGAGAUCAUCUGGGAUGAGGACAUGGAGCCAGCGGUUGAAGUGCAACAUGCUUCCUUCACUUGGGAACGGACUGCUAAUCAAGAUAUGGAGCGGGCUGCCACAUUCCAGACGAGAGGUGAGCUCAUGGCCGCCAAAAAAGCCGAGAAGGAACGAAAGAAGGCUCAAAAGAAGGCCGAGAAAGCAGCGAAGAAGAACAAGAAAUCCCCUGGCGCAUCCAACGAAGACAUUGCAAGCGAGACUACGGAGGUGGAACCCUUCAAACUGCACGACAUGGACUUCACGGUGGGCCGAAAUGAAUUGAUCGCUGUCAUUGGAACGGUCGGCUCUGGUAAGACCUCACUUCUCGCCGCUCUGGCAGGAGAUAUGCGCAAAACAGAUGGCAAACUCAAGAUGGCAUCUACUCGUGCGUUUUGUCCGCAAUAUGCUUGGAUCCAGAAUGCCACCUUGAAGGAUAAUAUUCUUUUCGGUAAGCCGUACAAGUCCAAAUGGUACAGGGAUGUCAUCGAUGCGUGCGCCUUGAAACCCGACCUGGAAAUCCUCCCCGCAGGAGAUCAGACAGAGAUCGGUGAGCGAGGCAUCACUCUCUCAGGCGGUCAGAAGCAGAGGUUGAACAUUGCGCGGGCAAUCUACUUUGACGCGGACAUCGUCUUAAUGGAUGAUCCGCUCUCUGCCGUGGACGCCCACGUUGGCCGCCACAUCAUGGACAAGGCAAUCUGUGGUCUGAUGAAGGACAAAUGCAGAAUCCUGGCGACUCAUCAACUUCAUGUUCUUUCCCGGUGUGACCGGAUCAUCUGGAUGGAAGACGGUCAUAUUCAAGCCAUCGACACCUUUGAGAACUUGAUGACCACCAGUGUCGAUUUCCAGAAAUUAAUGGCCACCACGGCUCAAGAGGACGAGAGUGCGCUGGCAAAAGCCAAGGAUGGAGAAGCCAACGAGCAAAAGCCCGGAAAGAAACCCAAGAAGAGCAAACCUGCGGGCCUGAUGCAACAAGAAGAGCGUGCCGUCAAGUCGGUCAGCUGGACCGUCUGGGGAGCUUACAUUCGUGCAUCAGGAUCCCCGAUACUCUGGCCGCUCAUAUUCAUCUCCCUUAUCUUAUCCCAAGGAGCCAACAUCGUGACCAGCUUGUGGCUCAGUUGGUGGACGAGCGACAAGUUCGGAUUUUCCGAAGGGGUAUACAUUGCUGCAUAUGCAUGUCUGGGACUGUCGCAAGCGUUGCUCAUGUUCACGUUCUCAACUCUUCUUUCCACGAGCGGCACCAACGCUAGUAGGGUCAUGCUGCAAAGAGCCAUGACCCGAGUCUUACGCGCCCCCAUGUCCUUCUUCGACACUACUCCUCUCGGCCGGAUUACCAAUCGAUUUUCAAAAGAUGUGGAUUCGAUGGACAACAGUUUGACCGAUGCCAUGAGGAUGUAUUUCCUCACCUUGGCCAUGAUCACGUCUGUCUUCGCCCUGAUCAUUGCCUACUUUCACUAUUUCGCUGUGGCUUUGGGCCCCCUAUUCAUCCUGUUCUUGUUCGCGUCGAGUUAUUACAGAGCAUCAGCACGGGAAAUCAAACGACACGAAGCGGUUCUCCGUUCUACAGUCUUUGCACGAUUUUCGGAGUCUAUUUCAGGAGUUGCAUCUAUUCGAGCGUACGGGCUGCAAAAUUAUUUCACGACACGCUUGCGGGACGCCAUUGACGGGAUGAACUCUGCAUAUUACCUGACAUUUGCAAACCAACGAUGGUUGUCUACCCGGCUAGACGCCAUUGGAAAUGUACUUGUCUUUGUUACUGGCAUCUUGGUGGUGACAGAUCGUUUUAAUGUUAAUCCUAGCAUAGCGGGUUUGGUUUUGUCCUAUGUUUUGGCCAUUGUACAGAUGAUCCAGUUUACCGUUCGGCAACUGGCCGAAGUGGAAAACAACAUGAACGCAACAGAGCGGCUGCACUUCUAUGGCACUCAGUUAGAGGAGGAAGCGCCACUGAAAGGUGCCGAAGUGCCCGACCACUGGCCUCAAACGGGAGCCAUCACGUUCAACAAAGUUGAAAUGAGGUAUCGACCGGGGCUACCGCUCGUUCUUCACGGCCUGGAUUUCCAAAUCCGAGGUGGAGAGAGAAUCGGCAUUGUUGGUCGUACUGGAGCUGGCAAGUCGUCGAUCAUGUCGGCGCUUUUCCGAUUGACAGAACUCACGUCGGGACAGAUCAAGAUUGACGACGUUGACAUUUCAACCGUUGGUCUAUACGAUCUGCGGUCACGUCUAGCCAUCAUCCCGCAGGACCCGACCCUGUUCCGAGGCACUAUCCGAUCGAACCUUGACCCCUUCAACGAGCAUUCAGAUCUGGAACUCUGGGCAGCACUGCGCAAAGCAGAUCUCGUUGGAGAUGAAAUGGUGACAGCAGAAAAGGUCGAUCGUCCCGAUACCGCACAGACUGCGGCGACAUCCACGUCGAACGUCAACGCGCCAGGCGGGGCCAGCCGGAUCCACCUCGACAGUCCCGUAGAUGAAGAAGGCUUGAACUAUUCACUGGGCCAGCGGCAACUGAUGGCCUUGGCUAGAGCACUGGUGCGCAACUCACAGAUUAUCGUCUGUGACGAGGCGACCUCCUCGGUCGACUUUGAGACCGACGAGAAGAUCCAGCGGACCAUGCGGACGGGCUUUGCCGGCAAGACGGUCUUGUGUAUUGCUCACCGCCUGAAGACCAUCAUCAACUACGACCGCAUCUGCGUGAUGGACCAAGGAAGGAUUGCGGAAUUGGAUACUCCCAUCAAUCUAUUCGAAGCAGGUGGCAUCUUCCGGGGCAUGUGCGACAAGAGCCAUAUUGUGCGAGAAGAUUUCUUCCGCGAGUCAUAGCGUCGUGGGCCUCGUUUGGCAUUUGGAUGGCGUUAACAGUACAUAUUCACGAGAUACCUUGAUAGAUUGAGCUCUCUCAGCCUCGUCUUUUCUCCAAAAGCUAGUUAGUUUAGUCACAAUAUUCGGGCCGAGUAUGCAGCAACCCUUGCCUCUUCCAUGAUAACUUUCAUCU